AUGGCAUCCCCGAAAACCAUUCAGCGAUGGCCUGGGAAGCUGCCUGGGGAACUUGCCAAUAAAGUACCCACGUGCAUUCAGUACGAAGAAGGAACAGAUAAAGUCAAAAAUUGGGGUUUCGGUUGCGACCAUGAAGAGGAUGCAGCCGAUAUUCAAGAGUUCUUCAAACUGCACCUUGCACCAAACUACCGUGGAAACUACCCUGGCGAGCCGAGCCGUCAGGACGCUCAACGAUGGUUUACAGAUUACAUUCAGUGUAUCUAUCAGCAUGUUGUCUCUCACUUCAACGCGACUAUUCCCCAAUUUUCUUCCCGUCAAGUUGAAUUUCUUUUUAGUGUCCCGACUACCUGGAAGGAUGUGCGGAUGGUGGAGGAAACCAGAGCACUACUCAAACGGGCCGUCAGUGCUGAGACGCAAGCUCAUCAUGUCUCAAUCGGACUUACUGAAGCGGAAGCAGCUGCAGUCUACGCAGGAAAUGAGCACUACAAGGAGGGCGAUACUCUUAUUGUCUGUGACUCGGGUGGAGGGACUACGGACGUAAAUGUCUUGAAGUUGAUAUCAUCACUGGGUGAACCAACCCGACUUGAACAGCUGGGACAGGUGGAAGGACAACCCAUUGGCUCUGUUUUCAUCGAUAGACAUGUGCAUCAAAUUGUGUCUCAAAACCUGGAGGGUAUACGAGACCAUUUGCGAUAUUCACCCAGUGAGACGGCGUGGAGGAUUAUCACGGGUCGCUUCCAGCGGUUCAAAUGCGGUUUCGGAAGUGAGGCCACAUCAACGCCAUAUCUCAAGUUGGAUAUUCCAGGUCUGGACCCGGGUUUGGAUUUUCCAGAGAAAAAUAUAUUUGACUCGCAACUAAGCAUUGCAUGGGCGGACAUCCAGAAGGUAUUCGAUACUAAGAUCGACGCUAUUUGUGUUCUACUCGACGAUCACAUGCGCCAAAUGUCCGCUCGGUACCCAUUUGACCAGAUAAAAUAUUUGAUUUUAUCUGGGGGGUUUGGCAGCUCUCCGUAUCUACGAGAGCGGUUGAUACAAAAGUAUACCGAAACAGAAAGCAAUAACAGGUCUAACACCAGUGAGAUUCAGAUUCUUGUCGCGGAUGAGCCUCAACUUGUUGUUGUACACGGUUUAGUUUUGGACAGGGUCCAGCAGCUUAAGAAAGGUGUAAUCACAUUUGGCUCUCGGUGUUCCCCUAUGAGUUACGGAAUAGUUUGUGAUAAACUUUAUGAUGCUGUAAAGCAUAUUUCGGAACCUGUUCGACUUGAUCCCCGUGACAAGAAGACGUACGUCGUUGAUCAAAUUGACUGGCUUGUCAUUCAGGGAACACCUAUUCCAUAUACUGGACUGACGAAGCAAUUCCAGUUGAAGAUGAAUCCAGGACAGGAGAGCCAGCCCUGGAAGGUCCAUAUCGUUAUGUCGAGUUUACCCCCUGAGCAGCUACCGCAAAGCCUGAGACAGAAAGGAGCCCAUAGUGUCUGUCAUUUGGAUAUCAUUACCGAAGGUGUUGACAGAAAGUUGAAGAAUCGACACUGGUAUAGCAUGAAGCCAACAUUCUGGCGUACUGUGUUCGAUGUGAAGGUAGUUGUGGGGCCCGCCGAUCUCUCGUUCCAGCUUUGGUCAAAGGACAAGCAAAUCAGAAGCACUAGCCAUGAACCUAUCGCUGUGAAAUGGAUGCCAGCCAGAGACCUCGAUUAG